AGCAUCGCUGAAUUUUAUUGAUUUGUUCAAAAUAUAGUAUAGCUGUUUCCAGUACUUUUCAAAUUACUGUACAAAUUAAAUUAUCUAACUAUAUAUAAUUCAAAUACGCUAUAUAAAUCAGCUUAUAGGCUGAUUUAGACAAAUAUAGACUGACCAAUCAGAGAAAAUUACUUUUCUGUGCAAGCAGCAUUAGCCAACGGUAGCUGGCCAGAAGCAAACGGGGUACCCCACGGCAUUAAAGUAGACAAGUAAAAACAAAGAAGAAUUACCAUAAUUUUAUGUUUUCUGUAUGUUGUUUUGUAUUUAAAAAGGCCCAAAAUGAACACUGUAAGUAGACUUCUUGAUUACUAUACAUGAAUUAUUUAAACGGUAUUUGUACAGGAAUGAUUCUGUCCUAAGCUUUUUCAUCCAUAUAAGCGGUUGCUCACUAUUACCUUGAUCACUAUAAGCAGUUUCCACUGUAUUUUAAAUAUCGCUAGUGUUGAAACCAAUUGGUGGUAUUACCUUUGGUAGCUGAAACUCUUGCCCCGCAGUGUUUACAUUUCUUCGGUGUCGUGUUCUCUAAAGCCACAAUCCGUCCAAAUGACGGAUGCAGCAUUUUCCUUUGGUACUAGCUGCUCGAGUUGCUCAGUGGACUCGAGGUUUGAGUUCUCCUCCAUGUCAUGGACUGGAUGGCUCUUAAGAUUUUGAGCUCUUCAUUAACAAUUGUCACUUAUGACAAAAUUAUAUAAUAUAAUUUAGUUGUACGCAAAUAUGUUUAAAUGCCUGGACACACUGUGACGUUCAGUGUCUGUCUUGAGGUCCAUCGCCUGAUAAUGCCGUUUCUCCUUACAGAUCAUCGUCCUGUGGAAUUGCGAGAAGGCCCUGCCCCCCGCGUUCCGCUGGCCGUCCGUCUCAGUGCCGGUCGUUGUCAUUGAGGGAGACGCCAAGCUUGAGCGGUUGGCUGGAUGCCUGCAGAUCAUCAUCCCUCUAGGGACGUGAGCCAGCAGCGUCACGGUCACUAGGCUGUCAGAUACUAGAAUCACCAUAUUCUCAGCUUUCAUUGUGUCCUGGAUAGAAAGAUAAAAAGAGGAAGGGCUACUCCAGGAAACCCACCGACGGGACAAAGAGCAUAUGAAGACAAUAAGAUAAGUGAGCAGCGGAUUGAAUGCACAUAUGGGAGAGAUUAGUGGAAAAUAGUUUGGAAGGAACUUGUUCAGGACCUUAUGCGGGUGGUUGCACCAAGGAGAGGGCUGUACAGUCAUCCGCUUGCUCUAGUUUUCACUGUAAUUCAGAUCUAGCACUGCUUAAUAUUGCUGAUACACAUUCGAUAUUUGGUUAACAUAUUGCAAAAUGAAAUGAUACAUAAUUACAUGGCUUUUUCCCUGCAAUUUGCAUCCCGAAGUUCCGGGAUUUUGUCAUAAUCAGGAGGAAGAAGGGGUGACUUAAUAUGGCCACAUGGGCUGAAAUGUGUGAGGUGUCACAGGGGGUGUUUUGCAUUACCAAGAAGGCUAAGAUCUUCCUUAUGGUCUUUGCAAGACUGGUCUUGCUAACUUGCCUCCCAAGAAUGAAUUUGGGGCGCAAUGAGUCAUGGGAUUGGUCUCAUUUGGCGAGGAAGCAACCUUGAUAUUCGGGGCAUGGCAAGAACAACCGUCCUCCGUACUUCUGUUCUUAGUAUUGGAGCUAGUCUUCAGCAAUGGAAGAUGACGUAAAACGGGUAUACAAGAACACAAGUACGGUGAAUACGCAUACUGAGAAUCACCCAGAGGCAAAGGAAAAGGUCAAAGGUCACGUACAGCCUCAUUCACUGGAUUGAUGAAGGACAGCGACAGGAGUGACACAGCGUUUUUAAAAUGGGAUUAACAGCCAAGGGAUCUCUGAAUACAAAUGCAAUUUGUCUGUAAGAUACCCACAAGAAUACUCCUGUGUGUGGGAGUGGUGUAGAUCACAAGCAUGUGCUGCAUGCAGAUGGUUCACUCUGGCUUUUUGUAGCCCAGAGAAAGGAUGCUCUGGAUUCUCCAGUAUUAUGCAUUUUUAAAGAUGCAGUCGUGAGAUAGCAUUCAGGUCACGGAGGAAAAACCGGUCUUUUCUGGUUGUUUGCUAAUUUAAUCCCAAUAUGACGCUCAGCCAUGGGCUUUACACUUGGGUCUGUGAUAUGUUGAACCAGCAAAUGUAUUUUUACAGGGUAAACAAAGUAAAUAAUGCACAAAUGAUGGCAGUGCCUAGACACAGAGCACUCUAGCAAUGAGUAGACAGUUUCUUCACCCUGUUGCCCCCUGCAGGUGAUGAGCAGUCGGUUCCAAUAUUCCGAUGCUAUAAGAACAGACGCCGUGCUAAGCCUGGAUGAGGACACUGUUCUCUCCACCACCGAGGUGGAUUUCGCCUUCACCGUCUGGCAGAGCUUUCCGGAGAGAAUCGUGGGGUAUCCGGCUCGCAGCCAUUACUGGGAGGCCGCUAAGCAGCGGUGGGCUUACACGUCCAAGUGGACCAACGACUACUCCAUGGUACUCACCGGAGCUGCAAUCUACCACAAAUACUAUCACUACCUGUACACCUACUACCUGCCACCCAGUCUGAGAAGCAUGGUGGACCAGCUGGCCAACUGCGAGGACAUCCUCAUGAAUUUCCUGGUGUCCUCUGUCACCAGGCUGCCUCCCAUCAAGGUGACGCAGAAGAAGCAGUACAAGGAGACCAUGAUGAGCCAGGCUUCUCGGGCCUCGCACUGGGCCGACCCGGACCACUUCGCCCAGCGUCAGACCUGCAUGAACAAAUUCGCCAGCUGGUUUGGCACCAUGCCCCUGCUCCGCUCCCAGAUGAGGCUGGACCCGCUUCUCUUUAAGGACCAGGUCUCCAUCUUACGCAAAAAGUACCGGGACAUCGAGAGGCCCUGACUGUGUUUCCGGGGACCCAGGCGGAUGGACGGGGACGGAGAUCCCAGGGGCCCCAAUGGCUGGAGUGCCGACACGUUCAACUUCACUACUUAUAGAUUAUAAUUUCCAGCUCAAACGCGUGGACGACAGCGACAGCCCCCCCAGUCUGACAGCGCCCUGCUCUGUGUGACUAUGCACACUUAACUGUACAUCACAGAGCUGCAAUUUCUGCUUCACCAUCUCCCUCCAAGCCCUGGCAGCACCUUGAAGCCCUGGAGACUCACCCCAGACACAAGGACGACCAGGCAUCCACCGUGCCUGAAAAGCAUCCAAAAGUAAUGAUUCCCUGAGUGCAGAUGGAGCACAUGGAUCUGGAUAAGCCCUCUUUAUUUGUGGCUGUUUGUACUUGUUUACAUAUUAAAUUAUUUGUAGGUUUUCUAUU